AUGGCUGCCAAGACUCUGAUCUCCGUCAUCUCCGUGCUCUCCCUCGUCAGCUCCGCUGCAGGUCUGACCUGUCAAGUUGCCGGAGGGGCUUCGGACGACUCUCCUGCGAUCCUGGCUGCCUUGAAGCAGUGCAACAACGGCGGGACUGUCGUUCUUGACAAUACUUACACGAUCGGAUCCGUCCUCAAGACGGACGCGCUGUCCAACAUCGCCAUACAGCUUUCCGGGACGAUCAGCCUGAGCACGGAUCUCAACUACUGGCAGAAGAACUCCAUCCAGCUUGGCUACCAAGAUGCUUACACGGCCUGGGCCAUUGGCGGCAGCAACAUUCACAUCUACGGCGGUGGUAGCUACAACGGUGGCGGCGACGCGUGGUACUCGGCCGGCAAGACUGGCCCGAUCAUGUUGACUCUUCUGAAUGCGAAGAAUGUCCUCAUCGAGCACAUCAACAUGAACAAGAGCCCGUUCUGGCAUAACCUGGUUGAUGGCUGCACCAACGUGACGUACAGCCACGUCAACAUGAACUCGGUCCAGACCAGCGGGAAGCAAGCACAGAAUACCGACGGCUGGGACACCUACCGCAGCUCGCAGGUCACCAUCACAGACUGCACCAUCAUCAACGGCGACGACUGCGUCUCCUUCAAGCCCAACUCCACCGACAUUCUCGUCCAGAACCUCUACUGCCAAGGCUCCCACGGCAUCUCGGUCGGCUCCCUGGGCCAGUACGCCGGCCAGGUCGACAUCGUCAAGAACGUCCACACCAAGAACGUGACGAUGGUCAACGCCUCCAACGGCGCCCGCAUCAAGGCCUGGGGCGGCAGCGCCUCGGCGACGUCCACCAAGGGCGGCGGCACCGGCCUGGUGCAGAACAUCACCUUCGAGGACUUCGUCAUGAAGAACGUCGACCUCCCCGUCGUCAUCGACCAGUGCUACAUGACCAGCGCCGACGCCUGCGCCCAGCACCCGUCCGGCGUCCGCAUCGCCGACGUCCACUACGUCAACGUGGCCGGCACGGGGGGCAAGGCCUCCGAGGUGGUCUCGAUGGUCUGCAGCGACGUCUGCGAGGACAUCACCGCCACGGGCACCAGGCUCGUGGGGACCAAGGGCACGUCCGAGUACAUAUGCAAGAACAUCGCCUCGGUCGACAAGCUCGACUUCCCGUGCAGCGCGACGGGUGUCACGGUCGGCGGGACAUCCAAGACUUCAAAGUCCGCCAAGCCCACCUCCACUAAACACUAG